AUGGCGUCAGGAGAGAAACUUUUCUUGGCCCCCUUUCUCCAUGUCACUUUCACACACACGCAACAGAAGUGUUUGUACGAAAGUGUGUACACUUGUCGAUUUGCACGGCUCAGCUAUUGUGUAUACAAGCACGACGACCGCACACUCACUGAAUGUUUGCAUGAGGGAGAGCCUGAAAAGGAGGCGGGCGCGGAGAGGGCGGCAAAGGGCAGGGCUGUGGUGUACCGCGUACUAAAGCCGGCCAAGUCCCUUCGAGGUAAGGAGCCGCGCUUUCCUCCGCGCCCGAGCCCACCUCUCGCUUCUUCCCGCUUUGUAGCCCUUUCUGCCCAGCUGCCUGCGCGCGGGACCCUCCCUCUAGGGCGCCCGAGGAGGAGCAGCAGCCGCCGCUGGAUCCGCUGCCCCGUGCCCUCCUCCCAGGGUGAGGGUGGCUGGGUUGGGGAGAAGCUCGCCUCCCUCUCGCCACUCCUGGCCAGCAGCUCCGGAGGAGGGUUUGACUUUAAAAACACGCAAGACACGCACACGCACACACACAUCCUAGCUGAAGUGCUCAAGUGUCUUGCGCGCUGCCUUAGGCGUUCUUCAAGGGCGCAUUUGGAGAUCCGUGACGGAGACCAGCUUGCGAGGGGACGCAACUUUGAAUCUCCGCUGAUGUAUGAAGUUUCAGAGCACCAGAGCAGUGGCACAGAUAGUUCAGGAAGCAGUCUUGGAAGCUCGGUCACAGCAUGUAAGAAGGUUCUCUGCAGUAACAGCCUGCUAGAAUCAACAGACUACUGGUCCAGAAUCAGAGGACACCAUGCCGGAUUGGCAUCGUGGAGGACCAGUUGGAGAAGAACUAUGCCUCUGUAA